UAUAUAUAUAUGUAAACACACAAUCCACAGCCCCAUUUAUUGCGAACGUGAUUGGAUUCUUGGAUUCCGUUUCAUGGAUCAUAGUUUUCGACAGUAACGAAUAUAUUCUCACCUGGAAUACUUGAUAAACAUUCAAUAGAUCUUCUCAAGCCUUCGACCGGCUUCAAGGAAAUAACAACGACUAUAGCAGAGAUAUGAUUGGUGCAGCAGGUAGCCGACAUGUUACCCAACGGAGGAGGGCGUCGCUGGCGUUUCCUCACCCGACACCACACCAGUCGGUAUUCAACAAUUUACAAGAAGAUGGCGAGGAGAUCCGCUUGCCGACCGUGCCAAGGCGCAGGGUGGUGGACACCUCGGAUUUACGCACAUGCGCCAUACUGCAGACCCGCCUAAAGAAUGUGAAGCAUUACCCUGAGAUGAAUACCUUCUCAGCGGACAGUGGCAACAGAGACGACUCUGAGUACACACAUGAUGGAUCUCUGAGGUUCGUGGCCAAAAAGGCGGCCACCAUCAGUCUUCCAGGCAUGGGGUCUUCUACCAAUCGGUCGCUGUUCAUCUUCAGCGAGGAGAACUUCAUCCGCAAGUAUGCAAAGAUCAUCAUUGAAUGGGGGCCAUUUGAAUACAUGGUCUUAUUGACUAUCAUUGCGAAUUGUAUCGUGUUGGCUCUGGAAGAACAUCUUCCCAAUAAUGACAAAACGCCUCUAGCAGUCCAGCUGGAGGCCACAGAGUUCUAUUUCCUUGGAAUAUUUUGUGUAGAAGCAUUAUUGAAAAUUGUUGCUUUAGGAUUUGUCUUACAUAAAGGGUCGUAUUUACGCAACGUCUGGAACAUCAUGGAUUUUGUAGUAGUUGUCACAGGAUUUAUUUCAAUAUUUCCUACGAGUAAUUCGUUUGAUUUGCGGACAUUACGGGCAGUCAGAGUACUGCGGCCAUUAAAAUUAGUUUCUGGAAUUCCAAGUUUACAAGUAGUAUUAAAAUCAAUUAUACGGGCAAUGGCACCAUUGUUGCAAGUUUGCCUGUUGGUACUCUUUGCUAUAAUAAUAUUUGCCAUCAUUGGUUUAGAAUUUUAUACUGGUGCUUUCCACAAAGCCUGUUUUAUAAAACCAGAUGACGAUAGUGAAGAUAAUAUAGAAUAUGGUGAUGAAGAAACUAUCCGGCCUUGCGCAGAUGAGGGUAAUGGCUAUCACUGUCGAGCAAAUAUUGCUAAAUGUCGAUUCAAUUGGGAUGGCCCAAAUUAUGGAAUUACUAGUUUCGACAACAUGGGUUUCGCGAUGUUGACGGUGUUCCAGUGUGUAACUAUGGAAGGAUGGACCCAAGUAUUAUAUUAUACAAAUGAUGCUUUUGGAGACUCUUACAACUGGAUAUAUUUCAUACCUCUUAUUAUAUUGGGCUCAUUUUUUAUGCUCAACUUAGUUCUUGGCGUCCUUAGUGGAGAAUUUGCUAAAGAGAGAGAGAGAGUGGAAAACCGAAGAGCGUUUUUAAAAUUGCGUCGGCAACAACAAAUAGAGCGAGAAUUAAAUGGCUAUUUAGAGUGGAUAUGUAAAGCAGAGGAGGUAAUCUUAGAUGAGGAAAGAAAAAAAGAUGAUGGAACCAUCAGUGAUGAAGACAAACUGAGAAUACUUGAAGGGGCACUCGGAAUUAAUGCACGGAGGUUAGCUGCCCAAAAAGUGAAGAAAAUUAAAGAAGAAAAAGAAUUAAAUAUUGGAGAUGAAGAUAAUGAUGAUGACCUUUUAUCAGGAGAUUCGUUUGGUAGAGGUUUAAAAAACAGAAAAGCCCACGGAAAGUGUGCUGGCUUUUGGAGAGCAGAAAAACAUCUUAGGUUUACAAUACGUAAAAGUGUGAAAUCCCAAGCAUUUUAUUGGUUUGUGAUUAUCCUUGUAUUGCUGAAUACUCUGUGUGUAGCCUCAGAACAUUAUGGCCAAGCAGAGUGGCAUACAGAAUUUCUUUAUGUUAUGGAGUUUGUUUUUUUAGCCCUGUUUAUGUCUGAGAUGCUCAUAAAAAUGUAUGGUUUGGGAGUGCGACUUUAUUUUCAAUCAUCAUUCAACAUAUUCGAUUGUCUUGUUAUUCUUUGUAGUAUUUUUGAAGUGGUCUGGUCAGCAUUUAAAGAUGGCUCAUCAUUCGGCAUCAGCACACUCCGUGCCCUUAGGCUGCUUCGAACAUUUAAAGUUACAAGAUAUUGGUCAUCACUACGGAACUUAGUCGUCUCAUUACUGAGCAGUAUGCGUUCCAUUGUCAGUCUGCUGUUUCUUCUUUUCUUAUUUAUCCUCAUCUUUGCCUUACUUGGAAUGCAAUUAUUCGGUGGAAUGAUGAAUUUUGAAGAAGGGAGGCCCGCCAGUCAUUUCGAUACAUUUCCCAUCGCGCUACUAACUGUAUUUCAAAUUUUAACUGGUGAAGACUGGAAUGAAGUCAUGUACAGUGGAAUACGGGCCAGAGGAGGAAUAAGUGGUGGCGGCAUGUUAUAUUGCUCAUAUUUCAUUAUAUUGGUGCUCUUUGGAAACUACACACUGCUGAACGUGUUCUUGGCCAUUGCUGUUGAUAAUUUGGCCAACGCUCAAGAGCUAACUGCUGCAGAGGAGGAGCAAGAAGGAGUACGGCAAGAGCAAGAAGCAGCUGAAAAGAAAAAACUUGAAGAGGAAGCUGCUGAAAAGGAAAAACUUGCAAGAAUGGAAGAAAUUGAAAAAGAUCUUUGCCCAGACCAGUAUGGACUAACUCCGCCACAAGUGAACAUUUGUCCUCCUUCACCACAGAACAAUGAAGAUUUAAAAACAGGCAAUUUCCCUUAUAUUUCUUUCAGUCAUACUUCCCGUUUGGACUCAAAUCUUAACCAGAACAACUUAAAAGGCGAGCGAAAUAAAAUUGACAUGGACUCAAAUUUGAAAAAGGAACGCUCCCCACUUGAUAAUGUCAGUUUAAAUGAAUCAAAUGCAAACAGAAUCAAUACUCAACCAGGCAGCACUUCUAGUCUGAAUAUCCAACCCCAAGACGGAAAUUCAGAAGAACCUGCAUUUGGUGGCCCAAAACCUAUGUUGCCUUAUAGUUCUAUGUUUAUUUUCGGUCCGACCAAUCCUGUCCGCCGCUUUUGUCAUUUUGUGGUCAACCUACGUUAUUUUGACUUAUUCAUCAUGAUCGUUAUUUGUGCCAGUAGUAUCGCUCUGGCUGCAGAAGACCCUGUCAACGACGAGUCUGUAAACAACCAAAUAUUAAAUUAUUUUGAUUAUGUUUUUACUGGAGUUUUUACUAUAGAAAUGUUACUAAAGAUUGUAGAUCUUGGUAUAAUACUUCAUCCUGGCGCUUAUUGUCGGGAUGCAUGGAACAUUCUGGAUGCAACGGUUGUCAUAUGUGCUUUGGUAGCUUUUGCAUUCAGCGACAGCGCAGGAGGAAACCUUAAUACUAUCAAAUCAUUACGUGUUUUACGUGUACUUCGUCCCUUAAAAACCAUUAACAGAAUUCCAAAAUUAAAAGCUGUGUUUGAUUGUGUGGUGAACUCAUUAAAGAAUGUAUCCAACAUUCUUAUUGUAUAUCUUUUAUUUCAAUUCAUUUUUGCUGUAAUGGCUGUGCAAUUAUUCAAAGGAAAGUUUUUUUACUGUACAGACAUGUCAAAAUCCACACGAGAAGAAUGUCAGGGUCAAUAUUUUGAUUAUGAAGAUAAGUCAGAUAAACCGCGCGUUAAGAACCGGGAAUGGCUCCGGCAAGAUUUCCAUUACGACAAUGCUAUGUAUGCAAUGCUGACAUUGUUUACUGUCACAACAGGAGAAGGUUGGCCAACAGUUUUGAAGAAUUCCAUGGACUCCACAAACGAUGAUAUGGGACCAAAACCUGGCUCCCGAAUGGAAAUGGCAAUAUACUACGUUGUGUUUUUCAUUGUCUUUCCAUUUUUCUUUGUUAACAUCUUUGUGGCCUUAAUUAUCAUAACGUUUCAAGAGCAAGGAGAAAACGAAUUAGUAGAUCAAGAUUUAGAUAAAAACCAGAAACAGUGUAUAGAAUUUGCCAUUGAAGCACGGCCAUCAUGUCGAUAUAUGCCCAAAAAUAAAAAUUCCUUAAAAUACAAAAUAUGGAAGGUUGUUGUGUCACCUAAGUUCGAAUAUGUCGUCAUGAUACUGAUUGCUUUAAAUACAGUCGUCCUCAUGAUGAAGUUCUAUGUCAACCCUUAUCCUGAACCGAACCCACAGGCCAAAAUCUUCCUGAACGUUCAAAAAUACAUAAACAUUGCCUUCACUAUUCUUUUCACCAUUGAGUGUGUUCUGAAGUUACUUGGAUUUGGACUCAAGAACUAUUUCCGUGAUCGAUGGAAUCUAUUCGACUUUAUCAUCGUGAUUGGAAGUAUUAUAGAUGUAGUUACAACAAAUGUAUUAUCUAGUGCGUCUUCCUUUCGAACAGGAAGUUUCAGGUUAUUUAGAGCGGCACGACUUAUCAAGCUACUACGUCAAGGUUAUACCAUCAGAUUACUAUUAUGGACGUUCUUACAAUCCUUUAAAGCCUUGCCGUACGUGUGCCUUCUGAUUGCAAUGCUCUUUUUUAUUUAUGCCAUUAUUGGAAUGCAAGUAUUUGGGAAUAUUCGACUUGAUUCAAAGACGUCCAUUAAUAGGCAUAACAAUUUUAGGUCAUUUUCUCAAGCUGUUUUACUACUGUUUAGAUGUGCCACAGGUGAAAGUUGGCAGCAAAUUAUGUUGUCUUGUCUCUCAGGCCGGCCAUGUGAUCCUGAGUCCAAAAUGUCAGAUAAUUCGUGUGGAUUGGAUAUCGCUUAUGGUUAUUUUGUAACUUUUAUAUUUUUCUGUUCAUUUCUUAUGCUUAAUCUUUUCGUUGCCGUAAUUAUGGACAACUUUGACUAUCUAACAAGAGAUAGUUCAAUUCUUGGUCCACAUCAUUUAGACGAAUAUAACAGAGUUUGGGCUGAAUAUGACCCUGUUGCAACAGGGAGAAUACAUUACACUGACAUGUACGAAAUGUUGAAGAGAAUGGAGCCACCUGUAGGUUUUGGGAAAAAUUGCCCCUACAGAUUGGCCUAUAGAAAAUUGAUACGAAUGAAUAUGCCAGUAAAUGAAGAUGGAACUGUACACUUUUCAACAACCCUUUUUGCUUUAGUGCGAGAGUCCUUGUCAAUAAAAAUAAGUUCAGCUGAUGAAAUGGAUAGGAAAGAUGAAGAAAUGCGAGAAGUCAUCAAACGGGUGUGGCCUGUACAUGGGAAAAAAAUUGUAGAUCUUCUUGUUCCUCCAAACCAUGAAUUAAACGAUCGGAAAUUGACAGUUGGAAAAAUCUACACUGGACUUUUAGUAGCUGAAAACUGGCGAGCUUACAAAGCUAGUCAAAACCAGAAUAAUAGUUUAAAAAUGGAGAAAAAAGAAGAGUUGUUCUGGGAGGAUGAUAUUAAGGAAUAUCGUGAUGACGAUGAUUAUAAAGAAUAUCACGAUGACGAAGAGUAUCACGAGGAUUAUAAAGAUUAUCAGGAGUAUCAAGAGGAUUAUAAAGAUUAUGAUGAGGACUAUAAUCAGCUGCAAUAUUCAGACUCUGAGGAGCGUCCACCGUCAUUCUUCCAGCGGAUAAUUGGUGUCAUGAGGACCCCAUCUGCUCGUUCAAGCCAGAGUAUUGAUUCAGAACAUUCUGACAAUGAAACAGAAGGAGGUCACAACGUCGAUAGGAACCAUGAUAAGACAACUUGGCAGCGCUCAUUCAGUUUCCUUCGCCGUGGCAGUAGUCGACGUAAGAAAGAUAACUCUGUACAAAAAAGUGAAACUGCCAGUUUACAGAAUCAAGCAAAUUACAACCCAAACCAACAAAGAGGUGGCUAUGUUAACCGUUCUUUCUCUGGUGUUGAUGAGACUCAGUUGUAUGAAAAUCCAAAGUACAAGAGCAUUGAAAUGAAGGAUGUUGGACGACGAACCUCAAUUGGAAGUGAGGCCAGUGUUGAUAACGCCCUUCUCUCCAUAGCAGCAAAUCAAAUCACAGCUUCCAUGACUAAACUCAACAAAGAUGAACCCUCUGAGAAGCAGGACUUUUCAUGGGGACUGAGGCCCGAACACGCAGCCCAUAUUCCUGCUCCUAGACCUGGAACGGGUUCUAGUAAAGGGUUACUUUUUACACAUACAGCAGUGCCUCUUUCACCGGUAUCACCUCGUUCUCCAUUGCCUCCUCAGAGUCCUCUUGGUUCCCCAAUGGCAUCGCCGAGUAUGCAUCGACGUUCUGUGUCUCCACGUAGAGGAUUAGACGUGGGGUUCGCAUCUGCUGUUUCAAAUAUAGUUGAUCAAGCACAUUCUAUAGCAGAACAUGAAAGACACAGGAAACACAGAGGAGGUUAUUUUUAUGAAGAUUAUUAUUAUGAUGAUGGAAAACACGAUGACAGCCUUAGUGUUCCUACUUCUCCUCAAAUGCGUGGAAGAAGUCGUGGUCGUCACAGACCCCCACUACAGCAGCAGGGGCAGAUACUUGGUUCACCUCUUCCAAGUCCAACAGCUCGGAGAAAAGAGCCAACAUUCUACAGAUCUACAUCCUUAGAAAACCGUUCUAGAAGCCCUUCCCCAAAUCUCACUCCAACACCCAUGCUACAUCAACAUGAAUAUUAUGGAUCUGCAAACUUAACGGACCGAUCAAGAAGUCCAAGCCCUGGUCCCACAGUGACACAGCCAAGAAAAGCUACUCGUAAACUACCAGCAGUUCCCAGCAAGCCUUCAACUUUAAACCUUGCUCAAACUCGACCCCGUGACAAUAUGCCUCGGGUUAUGCCAUCACCAACUGUCCCACAGCCAUCAAAGAGCCCUGGUAGCAUAAACUUCCCUAGACUAAAUGCAUCACCUACUCACAUUCCAAGAAUAGGACCUACAGUUGGACAGGCCCCUCCUUUAGGACGACUUGGUCGACCAGAGCCCUAUAGUCCAACAGAAAGGAAUAGUUUAAGUAAAUUAAGUCCUGAAAGAAGUAGAACUUUACCUGCUACUCAAAGGACUAGCAACAGGGAUUUUAGUAGAGCAGUAGACCCUUAUGUUUCACACAGAAGUAGAACGUUUGAUCCACGCAUAAAUAACAGAGGACGCUAUUUUGAAGAUCCAUCUCUAAGUGUUCACAUGUCAGAUCGACGUACCGAAACUUUACCAAAUGGAUUCAAACCAAAGAAGCGUAAACCAGAAAAUUUGGACAUGUGUGGAGAUGGCACAGGUGGCCCUGUUCGUCACGAUUCAGAUGAAGACGAUGACUGGUGUUAAGGUAACCAGAUGUUUAGGAAUUUAUUGUAUUUUUGUAUUCUGCUGCACAGUUCACCUGUGGUUUCACACGACCACAGACACUGGAUUUCAGAACUGUUGUUAUUGGAUUUGUAACUUGUCAUUGGCAGUGACCAGGAAUAAUUACUGGACAGUUAUUUGCCAAGUGCUAUGAGUUUAGAAAUCUAAUUCUUGUUGAAAGUGUGUCCCUAUGUUGGAUUCUAGCUGGUAGUACCUGGGUAUCUAAAUUGUUGGCCACAGUGUCAAUCAUUGAUAAAAUUUGCAUGUGCUAGACCUGUGAAUGAAACCAGAAAAAAAAAAAGAAAAGCUUUAAUUCAAAAUUGCAUUAAAGAGCUGGUUGUCUCCAAAGGAGACAGGUGAUAAUGUAACUUGUUAUGGGGAAGAAUGUUGUGACACAUUUAAUGUGUCUUAUAAAGAUAAAAAUGUUUUUACAUGAUCCUUAAAAAUGGUUAAAUUGAUACGUCAUCAAUAAGUUCAUGUCCAAAAAUGAUCGCUCUUUAACAAUAACAACAACAACAAAAUUGUUUUUGUUUUUUUUUAACUUUUUUUUCUUCUUCCAUCUGCCAUUUUUGACUAAAUAUGUCCUCCCAACUCUAAAUUUUAAGCUUAGUUGUCAAUUAAAUCCAGUUGUGUUCUGCUAUUUCUGCUU